AUGGGGCCUAUGGAGAACAUUUCUUGUGUGUAUUGUGGUGAGGGUCAUACUUUUGACAACUGCCCUUCCAACCCAGCAGCUGUAUGUUAUAUGGGGAACCAAAAUAGGAAUGGUCCUUAUUCUAAUUCCUACAACCCAUCAUGGAGGCAACACCCCAAUUUUUCAUGGAGUAAUCAAGGAGCUGGCCCUAGUAAUCCUUCGAUGCCUCCAAGACCAAAUUUUCCACCGGGUUACCCCCCUCAAGCACCACAACAAAGACCACAACAACAAACAAUGCAAUCUAGCUCUCUUGAGAACAUGUUGAAGGAAUAUAUAGUGAAGAAUGAAGCCAUGAUUCAGAGCCAAGCGGCUUCAUUGAGAAACUUAGAAAACCAAGUUGGGCAGCUAGCUAAUGAGCUUAGAAAUAGACCCCAUGGUACAUUACCAAGUGACACUGAGAAUCCAAGAAAUGGGAGCAAAGAACAUUGUAAAGUCAUCACUUUGAGAAGUGGGAAGGAGUUGGAGAAUUCCAAGGCACAUUCUGGGCAUGAGGAAUGCUGCAGGAAUGCCACAGCAUCGGCCCCAGACAGCUCAAGUACAAGGCAGCCACCGCCAUUUCCCCAACGUUUUCAGAAGCAAAUGUUGGACUCUCAAUUUAAAAAGUUCCUAGACAUCUUGAGGCAGCUACAUAUUAACAUUCCCCUUGUUGAAGCCCUUGAGCAAAUGCCCAACUAUGUAAAGUUCAUGAAAGACAUCCUUACAAAGAAGAGAAGAUUGGGGGAAUUUGAGACAGUGGCUCUUACUAAGGAGUGUAGCUCAUUCUUGCAAAACAAGCUGCCACCAAAGAUGAAAGAUCCUGGGAGUUUCACCAUUCCAUGCACCAUUGGUAAUUCUUAUUGUGGCAUGGCUUUAUGCGAUUUAGGUGCAAGCAUUAACUUGAUGCCGAUGUCUAUUUUCAAGCAAUUGGGGAUUGGAGAAGUUAGGCCUACUACAGUUACUCUUCAGUUAGCAGAUAGAUCCCUUGCUCAUCCAGAUGGGAAGAUUGAAGAUGUAUUGGUAAGGGUAGACAAGUUCAUAUUCCCUGCUGAUUUUAUUGUGUUAGACUAUGAGGAAGAUAGAGAGGUGCCCAUUAUUUUGGGGAGGCCUUUCCUUGUGACUGGAAGAACUUUAAUAGAUGUGCAAAAGGGGGAGCUGACUAUGAGGGUCCAAGAUGAAAAGGUGACUUUCAAUGUUUUUAAAGCUAUGAGAUUUCCUGAUGAGGUGGAAGAAUGCUCAGUGGUUUCGAUGGUCGAUUCUUUGGCAUCAAGGGAAUUGGAGACGAGUAAUGUUGGUGAUCCAUUAGAGAGGUUAUUGUUGUUUGAUUCACACAGUGAGGAAGAUGAGGAGGAGUACUUAGCUUGGGAGUUCAAGACUCCUAAACCAUCCAUUGAAGAGCCACCUGAGUUGGAGCUGAAAGUUUUGCCAUCACAUUUGCGAUAUGCCUAUUUGGGUCCAUCAUCCACUUUACCUGUUAUUAUUUCAGCGGAGUUGAACCAUGAUCAAGAAGAAAAGUUGCUUGAAGUAUUGAGAAAGUUCAAAAAGGCCAUUGGGUGGACUAUUGCAGAUAUUCGAGGUAUUAGUCCUUCUUUGUGUAUGCAUAAGAUCUUGCUUGAAGACAGUGAAAAAAGUUCUGUUGAGGGGCAAAGAAGACUAAACCCUAUCAUGAAGGAAGUGGUGAAGAAAGAAAUCAUCAAGUGGCUGGAUGCUGGCAUUAUUUAUCCUAUCUCUGACAGUUCAUGGGUGAGUCCUGUACAGUGUGUACCUAAGAAGGGUGGGAUCACAGUGGUGAAGAAUGAAGACAAUGAGUUGAUUCCUACUAGAACAGUGACUGGAUGGAGAAUUUGCAUGGACUACAGGAAGUUAAACAAGGCCACUAGGAAGGAUCAUUUCCCUCUUCCUUUCAUUGAUCAGAUGCUAGAUAGACUUGUUGGGAGAGAGUACUAUUGCUUCCUUGAUGGGUAG